AUGGGCCCCUUGCCCGAAUGCUUGGGUCAAGUUAGUUAUCUUCGAACCCUCUUCUUAGCAUCGAACAAGCUGAAUUCAACUAUACCUUCUGCUUUCUGGAAUCUUCGUGACCUGCUGUUUCUAAAUCUUUCUUCCAACUAUCUGAGUGGCGGACUUUCAUCUCAGCUCGCGAGUUUCACGGCGAUCAGUUUCAUAGAUUUUUCGCAUAACCAGCUUUCUGGAGAUAUUCCGACCUCGAUCGACGGCUGCAGCUCAUUAGAAUCCUUGUUUCUGUCGAACAACGAGUUUGACUGA